GCCGCUCGAGCUAGAUCAAGCACCGCGGGGUCCGGGAUCCAGAGCAGGUCCCGAGCAGAACCGAACUCGAACACUUCUGAAGCUGACUCGCUUUAUCAUGUUCAGACUGUAGUUAUGAACUUGAGCUGAAGUGUGUGGAUCUACAGUCGAACUGCAACCUUUGGCAUUGGGGCUAUCAUGAUUUGAGGAAAGAAACAACUUUUGAAAAGUAAGGAAAACAAGGCGUUGUGUAAUGCAUCGGUUUGCUUGUGUUCUCAGGAUCCUGCUGGAGUUCGGUUCUGAGAUGGGCAGUAAAGCUUUACCGGCGCCGAUCCCGGUGCACCCGGGGCUGCAGCUCAACUUCUCGCUCCUGCAGACGCUCAACGCGUUCCCCGCCGCCGUGGAUCAUCUGUACGGCCUGAGCUCGCUCCAAACCAUGCAGAUGAACCACUGGACUCUGGGCUACCCAACCGUUCAGGGCCUCGUGGACCCGCGCUUCACGUUCUCCGCCGCUCUGCCGUUCGCCGCGCACCUCUUCCACCCCAAACACGGGUCCGUGACGCGCGUCGCUCCCGCGCUGCACAAGGACGGACCCAGGUUUGACUUCGCGAACCUCGCGGUGGCGGCCACGCAGCAGGAUCCGCCCAAACCGGGCGAUCUGGGCAAACUGUCCCCGGAGCGCAAGCCCGCGCGCGGCAGACUGCCGUGCAAAAGCAGAAAGGAAUUUAUUUGUAAGUUUUGCGGGAGACACUUCACCAAAUCCUACAAUCUACUGAUCCACGAGCGCACGCACACCGACGAGCGACCGUACACCUGCGACAUCUGCCACAAGGCCUUCAGGAGACAAGACCACCUGCGAGACCACAGAUAUAUUCACUCCAAGGAGAAACCCUUCAAAUGUCAGGAGUGCGGGAAGGGAUUUUGUCAGUCGCGAACUUUGGCGGUUCAUAAAACCUUGCACUUGCAGGAAUCUCCUCACAAAUGCCCCACAUGCGGAAGAACCUUUAAUCAAAGAAGUAACCUGAAAACUCACCUUCUCACCCAUACAGACCUCAAGCCCUUCUCCUGCGGCCGCUGCGGAAAGGUGUUUCGGCGCAACUGCGACCUGCGACGCCACAGUUUGACACACAGCCCACAGCAGGACUACUAACUAGUGAACUAACGAGUGCACACACGUCUGACGGACGCCACGGACUCGCUUUCACCAGAACAGACUCUGUGAACUCAUGUAAAUAAAGUUUAUAUCGUUGUUUCUAUUAUCAUCAUCUGCAUCGGAACUCAACGCGUUUGGAACUGGGAGAAGUGAUUGUUAACUAAAGCGUCUGAUCUGCUCACAUGAGCACAGGAUUAAUAACAUCUGUUGCAGUCGAAGACAAUACAGUGAGUGAGAAGAGACCGACACAAUUCUGCUUUAAUAAAAGAGUUAUCUUUUUUAAA